AUGAUCGUGCAGCUCUGGGGUCAUAUGGAGCCACUUAUAGGUCUGAUGCAGGGUUCCCAAACCGUUGCGACGGAUACAGGUCUCGUUAAUGCGCUCUCUUUCAAUCAUUGGAUGUGCUCUUGGAUAUCUGUGCCUUUAAUUAAUCACCACACUCCAAAUAAGUCACAAACUUCAGGUUUCCGUGGUUGUUACAACCGACAACAAGUGGUUUUCUCUUCUUACAGCUGGAACUUUGUACACUCGCCGAGGAAGGACCAAUACAAAGCUGAAGUGGGAGAUCAGCUUACUGGUGAAUUUAUCGUACGUUGGCAGAGCGGCGAGCCAGAGUUUCCGAGGAAGCAUGAAUAACGUCGGGGAAAUCUA